AGUGUAAAUAAGUAUAAUAAAAAAAAAGUGAAGCAAGUCAGAAAUAGAAAUAGAAAUAGGAUGGAGAGAAACGGACGAAGAAGUCCAUGCUGGCAAAAGAUUCUCUCUUCAAUUCAUUUUCAUCCUCCCACCCCCACCCAGUAACUGUACUACCACUUCCACUAUCACUCUCUUUUCUUUGCUUCUUCUUUUUAAUAACACAACACUCACUUACUUCUCUACAAACAAACCCUAAUUCAAUUAUAAUUAGGGAAAUUGUUACUGUUUUUGUAUGGUAUGGGGUGUGCCAGCUCUAAGCUGGACGAUCUCCCGGCGGUAGCUUUAUGCCGGGAGCGUUGUACUUUUCUCGACGAAGCUAUUCAUCAACGCUAUGCUCUCGCUGCAUCUCAUCUCGCUUACAUCAACUCCCUCACCGCAAUUGGUCACUCCUUACAUGCUUUCAUUCAACAUGACAAAGAUUUCUCCGCCGCCAAUUCUUCACCACCACCUUCCCCUCCCACUAAAAAACAUCAUCACCUUGCCACCAAACACUCCUCUCCCUCUCCACCUCACUCUGAUUCCGGUUCCCACCUUCACUUCCACUCCGAUUCCGAACCAGACCAUGAAUUAGACCACCAUGAUGAUGAUGACGACGAUGAAGACGACGACGACGACGAACUUCAUCAUUCCCCUUCACCUUUACAUCUCCCUCACAACCACAAUUCCGCCGGUUACUACAACGGUUCACCACCACACCAUCACAUGACAUCUAAUCUCCACAUGAAUUUCAUGAAGAACAAACCUCCUCCAUCUUCAAUCGUCUACGAACACAGACCUAUGAGCAACGAAACCGUUUAUGUCGGUGAAUCUUCUUCUUCUUCCUAUUAUAACCCUUAUCAACAACCAUACCCUUACAACAACAACAACAACAACUAUUAUUCCAUGCCUCCUCCUUCUUCUUCCUUCUAUGGAUCUUCACCGCCUCCACCUGCUACUUCUUCUAAAUCCGCUCCACCUCCACCUUCCCCUCCGAGAACUUCCACUUGGGAUUUUCUCAACUUCUUCGAAAGCGACGACAAGUACUAUCCUCAGACUCAUUACACUCCCACCGCCACACCUAGCCGAGAUUCAAAGGAAGUGAGGGAAGAAGAAGGGAUCCCUGACUUGGAAGACGAAGACGAAGUUGUCAAACAGGUCCAUGGAAAUCAAAAGUUCGUUCACCCUCCUAAUCAUAACCCUAAUCCAAAUCCUAAUCCUAAUCAUAAUCAUCAUAAUAAUCUUCAUAAUCACAACGCCCAUGCCUCUCCCGACGAAGACGAGUCUGAAAUGGAAUACGAGGUUCACGUGGUGGAUAAGAAAGUCGUCGACGAUGAUGAAAAGCCCAAGUCCAAGCCCAAGCCCAACUCUAAGCCCACCUCCACAUUCCGACCUGGUUCACGGAAUCCUCUUGAAGUUGCCAAAGAUAUUCAGAUUCUCUUUCAGAGGGCUUCUGACUCCGGUUCCCAUAUCGCCGAUAUUCUUGAAGUUGGAAAACUUCGUUAUAAUCACAAAGCAGCUUCUUCUUCCAAGAUGUUACAUUUGGUUGCUCCCUCAUUGUCAGUCGUGUCUUCUGCUUCUAAAAAUGCCCAAUCCAGUGAUCCUAACAACACGGAUCUUGACGUUGAACUCACUACCAGAUCGCUCAAUCUUUCCUCCACACUCCACAAGCUAUAUCUUUGGGAGAAGAAACUCUAUCAUGAAGUUAAGGCAGAGGAAAAGAUGCGAGUCUUGCAUGAUAGGAAGUGUCGCAAACUCAAGCGGUUGGACGAAAGGGGUGCUGAUUUUAAUAAGGUUGAUUCCACUCGAACUAUAAUUAGGGAUCUGUCCACAAAAAUUAGAAUGGCAAUCAAUGUCGUUGACAAGAUUUCUAUGACGAUAAACAACAUUAGGGAUGAAGAACUGUGGCCACAGCUUAAGGGAUUAAUCCAGGGGUUUAACAGAAUGUGGAAAUCCAUGCUUGAGUGCCAUCAUAGUCAGUGUGAAGCCAUUAGAGAAGCCAGAAUUUUGGUUUCCAUUGGAUCCAGAAAGAAAAGUGGUGAUAGUCAUCUUCUGGCUACCAAGCAGCUUGAGCAAGAGCUUAUCAACUGGACUUUCCAGUUUGCUGGCUGGGUAAGUGCCCAGAAAGGUUAUGUCAGAGCAUUGAAUAAUUGGCUGCUGAAGUGUCUCCUGUAUGAACCUGAAGAAACAUCUGAUGGCAUAGUCCCCUUUUCCCCUGGUAGGAUUGGUGCCCCCCAAAUAUUUGUAAUAUGUAAUCAGUGGUCUCAAGCUUUGGAUAGAAUAUCUGAAAAGGAAGUUGUUGACACCAUGCAUGUAUUUACUAUGAGUGUCCUUCGUAUAUGGGAACAAGAUAAGCUAGAAUUGCAUCAGCAGUUGAUACAGAACAAGGAUCUUGAGAGAAAAGUGAGAAAUAUAGACAGAGAUGACCAGAAGCUGCAGAAGCAAAUUCAGGCAUUAGAGCGGAAGAUAGUCCUGACAUCUGGGGAAGGUAAAGGUCUCUCAGUUUCUGAGAAUAUUAUAUAUCCAAGUGACAAAAGCAGUAAUCUACAGGCUAGCUUGCAGCGUAUUUUUGAGGCAAUGGAGAGAUUUACUGAUGAAUCUGCGAGAGCUUAUGAGGAGUUGCUACAACGCAGUGAAGAAGAAAGUGCCCCUCGAAAUCAUGAAUGAGUUCCGUAGGUUGUGCUUCUUUGCAACGCAGUAAUUGGAGGAGGGGUUGGGUUUGAUUUCCUAUUGCAUCCUGGGAGUGGUUCAUGUGUGUUUUGAGAGAACAGUUCAUCAAAAAUCUUUCUCUACGCUAAGCAGCAUUUUGCUUUAGAUGCAGGAUGGAACAGUGGAGUAUGUUAUCAGACCAUUGGAGGCCAGAGGUGUACAAUUGCUUUUUGGGUACUCAGCAGAGUCUACAAUGGAAGUUGUCCCAACUAACCAUACAUGUUUUGCCUGUUAGAGCAACGAAAAGGCAGAAGAUCCUACCCAUUUUAUUUCAACAUCUAGAGGGUCUUCCUUUCUGUUUUAGAAAACAGAAAUAUGUUCAGAUGAAGGACUAACUUUCAGCUACCUUCCUGCGCAAAUCCUGUGAUGAUAAUAGAAGAGUGCUCAAACCGAAGCAGUAUAAUGAGUUUACAAAUGAAAGAAAAGAAAAUUCUGAUGAGCAAUUGGACAUGUCUCACUCAUAUGAUGAACUUAGUAGCUGUCUGUCCGAGUGACGGAAGUCACUGAAUGCAUAGCCAUUAUUAAUUCCUGUAUAAAAUUAUGUUCCUGCAUAAAAGUAUUCGUUCUUAAAUUACAUUAUUGUACAGAUUACCUAUUGACACUGAGCCAGCUUAAACGCAUUUGGAAUAAAGUGUCAUUUUUCAUCCUCA